AUGACAAUGGCGUCUGUUAUCUCUUCUUUUGACAACAGAAAACCUUUCUCAGAAUUCUGGCUGUCUGAAUCAUCUCAGGUUCAAUCACAGCCCCAAUUUUAUCUAGCCAUUUUCAGAUUGUGGAGAGAGAGAAUUUUCUCUCUUACAUACUUUGAUAUCUCUUUUUCUCUUUCAUUAAUUUUUAUAUUCAUUUUUUGCUUCCUACUCUUUCUCUUUAUUUUCUUUCUAUCUUCACUCUCUUUCUCUUCAAAUGUUUCUAUCUUUUCUCAUUUUCUGUUUCUAUCUUUUCUCAUUUUCUGUUUCUAUCUUUUCUCAUUUUCUUUUCUCAUUUUCUGUUCUUUUCUCAUUUUCUUUUCUCAUUUUCUGUUCUAUCUUUUCUCAUUUUCUUUUCUAUCUUUUCUCAUUUUCUGUUUCUAUCUUUUCUCAUUUUCUGUUUCUAUCUUUUCUCAUUUUCUGUUUCUAUCUUUUCUCAUUUUCUGUUUCUAUCUUUUCUCAUUUUCUGUUUCUAUCUUUUCUCAUUUUCUGUUUCUAUCUUUUCUCAUUUUCUUUUCUAUCUUUUCAUUUUCUGUUUCUAUCUUUUCUCAUUUUCUGUUUCUAUCUUUUCUCAUUUUCUGUUUCUAUCUUUUCUCAUUUUCUGUUUCUAUCUUUUCUCAUUUUCUGUUUCUAUCUUUUCUCAUUUUCUAUCUAUUUAAAUGUUCACAAUCUCCUUUUCCCUUACAUUUCUGUAGUCUUCAUUUAUAA